AUGUUAGUAGUGCCGAAGAUUACGAACGAUAUACCUGCGAAACACAUAUAUAAUACGGGUCAAGUACCGCAGAACGUAAGUUUAGCUGACCCACUAUUCUGGUUUCCACAGAAAGUUGAUUUAUUAAUAGGCGCGACACAUUUUUACGAUUUAUUGAGUGAACGUCGAAUUAAACCUGCACCAAACGGGCCAAUAUUUCAAGAGACAAAACUCGGAUGGGUAGUAUCGGGACCUACACAAAUGUACAAUCACAAGGUUGAACCGUUAAGUAACAGUAUAUGUCACACUGCGUUGAUACAUACCAACUUGAUAUUAGAAAAUAUGUUACCACGAUUUUGGCGUGUAGAAGAAUUUGAAGGAGAUAACACCUAUACUAUUGAAGAAAAGACAUGCAAAAGUUUUUUUGACAAAACGGUGAUAAGAGAACCAGAUGGUCGAUUUACCGUACAUUUACCAUUUCGUGAAAAUUCAUUACGCUUAGGCGAUUCCUACAAUAUCGCUAAACGUCGUCUAUUAAACCUGGAAAGUCGUUUUGCAAACAACGCAAGAUUAAAAAAAUGA